UGACAUCUCAAAAGAAUCACUCGGCUGUACAGUGUAGUGUGAGCGACACGCUCCAUGCACCUGAAGUGCCUAUAAAAGAGAGCAUUGGCCGCCAUGUAGGUACACAGUUGAAGUUGCCGUCAUGCAGCUGCUCAUUCUCUUGGCGCUCUGCUGGAUGACUGCAUCCCUGGAGGCGUCCUCAAGCGAUGCCCAGAAAGCAGUGGAUCAAUCGUUUCUACCACGCUACACGCUUCUGGCCGAAAGCAAGAAAAAGGAGCAGGAUUUGGACAGGCAGCCGAAUGAUGUAGCUGCCAGUGAACAGCAGCCUUGGCGUCGGUUCGCCUACGCUGGCUAUGGUGGUCAACAGAGCAGCUGGCCAGGAUCUUCUUCAGCUGCAUCACUUGCAGCAAUGCUCGGGCCUGGUUUGCUGCUGCUGGGCGUCAAUCUUGGCGCUCUGUUGUACAUGCUGCUUGGAGUGCUGGGAUUGGCGCCACCUCAACACAUAGGCGGCGGCGGACACGGUGGUCACGACAUUUACCGAAGUGAUAGACAACAUUUGGGCGGUGGCAAGGAGUUGGAUAUGUAUUUAUAAGACUAAAGCGUUACGCCAAGUUAUUUAGCUUAUAGGCAAAGUAUAAGAAACUUACAGAAUAUAUAUAUAUUUGGGUAAAUUAUAUGCUUUCACACAACUAAAACCGACAAAUUCAAAUCGAAUAAUUAGAAUAGAACUCUUUAAAAUAAAAAUAAAUCAAUUGUAAUACG